GAGAGCUACCUCGCGCCCGAGCAUCCCAUCGUCUUCUGCCACGGGCUGCUCGGCUUCGACAGCGUCACGAUCGGGCCUGCCAUCGCGCCGCUUCAAGUAACGCACUGGCGCGGGAUCACCUCCGCCCUGGAAUCGCACGGCAUACAAGUACUCAUCACGCGCGUGCCCGCGACGUCCUCGCCCAUCGAUCGCGCGCAGGUGCUCUUCGAGAAGAUCAAGGAGAAGUACGAGGGGCGCAAGAUUCAUCUGAUAGGGCACAGUAUGGGCGGCUUGGAUUGUAGAUACCUGACGACUCAUCUGCUGCCCCCACCUUCGGAGCAGGACCCGGAGCGUCCCAUAACAACGAUCGCCACUCCACAUCGGGGGUCGUAUUUUGCUGACUACUUUAUGGAGACGGUCGGGAAGGAGCGGCUGCCGAGUGUGCUCGGCCUGCUCGACAUGUUACCGGUAAGCCUUCCUCUGCGCGGCGACGGGAAAGCGUUCGAGUUUCUCACCAUGGAGAACAUGCGCAAGUUCAACGAGAUGACGCCGGACGUGCCUGGGGUGAAGUACUUCAGCUGGGGCGCCGUGUACGAGCCCGGCUUCAUCGACACCUGGAAGUUCUCGCACGGCGUCAUCCUCGAGAAAGAGGGCCCGAACGACGGGCUCGUCUCGCUCGCGUCCGCCAAGUGGGGCACGUACCUCGGCACGCUCGAGCACGUGAACCACCUCGACCUCGUCGGGUGGAUCAACACCGCGCGCUACAAGUGGGCGGAGAUCAUGGGCCGCGAGAUCAAGUUCCGCCCCGCGCAGUUUUACCUGGGGAUCGCGGACCACCUUGCGAGG